AUACUUGUGGCCAUAAUCAGGAGCCAAGCUAGGCCCCUCGCAGAUCAAAGUAGAAAGAGGAGAAUUAACGGAUAAAAAGGAGAGAGAGAGCAGAAGCCGAAGCAGCCGACUGUUGUAUAAAAGAGUGAGAGAAUGGUAAGCGCAAGCGCAAUGCGUGUUGUGCAACCCACAAUCCUCUCUACUUUUGUGGGUAACCGCUUGCUUCAGUCAGCGCAGCCUCUUCACCAACUCUUCAGCUACAACCCAGGAAGCAAGCAUGUUUCAAUGCAGUUAUCCAAAAGAUUUUCUGGCUUGACCAACCUCUUGUUCAAUGGAAGCAGAAAUGCAGAUAAAGUUCUAAACACCAAGCGCAAACGUCUAAGGCCUGGAAAAAUUUCACCUCAUCGCCCUGUUCCAGAUCAUAUACCAAUGCCUCCUUAUGUCAAAUCUAAAAAACCUCCUGGAAUUGCGAGUGGACCUGAAGUGCAUGAUGAGAAGGGGAUAGAAUGCAUGAGAGCCUCUGGAAGGCUUGCAGCACAGGUUCUAGAAUUUGCUGGGACUUUGGUCAAGCCAGGCAUAAAGACAGAUGAAAUUGACCAAGCUGUUCACCAAAUGAUAAUUGAUAAUGGUGCCUACCCUUCACCUCUUGGCUAUGGUGGUUUUCCAAAGAGUGUCUGCACAUCAGUGAACGAAUGUAUUUGCCAUGGAAUACCAGAUUCCCGAGCACUUGAGGAUGGUGAUAUAAUUAACAUUGAUGUUACGGUCUAUUUAAAUGGAUAUCAUGGUGAUACAUCAGCAACUUUCUUUUGUGGAGAUGUUGAUGAUGAGGGCAGAAAGUUAGUUCAGGUAACUAAAGAAUGCCUCGACAAAGCAAUCUCAAUAUGCGCGCCUGGAGUGGAGCUUAAGAAAAUUGGAAAAACGAUCCAAGAGCAUGCAGAUAAAUAUCGUUAUGGUGUUGUUCGACAGUUCGUUGGGCAUGGGGUUGGACGUGUCUUUCAUGCAGAUCCAGUUGUUCUACACUUCAGGAACAAAGAAAGCGGACGCAUGGUGGUAAACCAAACCUUCACAAUAGAACCGAUGCUGACACUCGGCAGCUUUAAUCCCGUAAUGUGGGACGAUAAUUGGACAGUAGUCACAGAAGAUGGAAGCUUGUCAGCACAGUUUGAACAUACCAUUUUAAUAACCGAAGACGGGGCUGAGAUACUAACUCGGUGUUAGUGAUGGUGCUAGACCUUAUACGAUAGAACCUAUAGAUUCCCAAGUUUGGGAAUUAUACUUGAUUGGAGUUGCAUCUUCCAAGUAAAAAAUUUUAAGUUGGAGGUGCACAUAUGUUUUGCUUUUACCAUUAUUUUAGAUGAUUCCUUUAACUGCAUGAAUCAUGUUAUUGUUAUUUCUCGUAGUUGUUGUAUCUUAUACAAGGAUAUGGAUUUUCACAUGGUCUUUAUGCA